AACGAUGAGGAGGCGCCGUCCGAUGUGGCGAGCCUCUGGACAGCACCACUAGUCAUGAGGAAAACAGACAAUCGGGUCAAACGAUGCCGGUUGUUUGGCUCUUCAUCUCUGCCUAGUGGUGUAGGAAGAACCACCCAGAAAAGGAUGGAGAGGUCACAGGAAGAGAAUUCUCCAGGGAAAAGCAAGAAGAGGAAAAGCCUGCCUGGAACACCUUCUGAGGACUCAACGAGUCUGAAAAUGGUAAAGACCCAGUCCUCCACAGCAGAGAUCGAAAGCAUUUUGGACAGUGACCAGAGUGACCUUAUUGGUGACUUCUCAAAGGGCUAUUUAUUCCACACUGUUGAUGGGAAACAUCAAGAUUUAAAAUACAUCGACUCAGAAAUGAUUGUGUCUGUGCUGACUGGGAAGUUUGCAAGCUUCAUCAAGGAAUGUGUGAUAAUUGAUUGUAGAUACCCCUAUGAGUAUGAAGGAGGACACAUCAAGGGUGCUGUAAACCUACAUAUGGAAGAGGAUGUGGAAGACUACUUGCUUAAGAAGCCAAUCCAGCCAUCGGAGAACAAACGAGUGAUAAUUGUGUUCCACUGCGAGUUUUCUUCAGAGCGGGGUCCUCGAAUGUGCCGGUUUGUGAGAGAGCGGGACAGGCUGGGGAACGAAUACCCCAACCUCCAUUACCCAGAGCUCUAUGUCCUGAAGGGAGGUUACAGAGACUUCUUCUUAAGAUGCCGUAGUUUCUGUGAGCCCCAGAGCUACCGCCCCAUGCACCACGAAGACUUUAAAGAAGAUUUGAAAAGAUUCCGCACCAAAAGCCGAACCUGGGCUGGUGAGAAGAGCAAAAGGGAACUGUACAGUCGCCUGAAGAAGCUCUGA